AUGGCACCCGUCGCAGUCACCGCUACUACAACCACUGAAUUCCUUGCAAACCUCAAGACAUCCCUUGUCUCUCCUCAACCUAAUACCCUCCACGACGCCAUCGCUCAAGCUGUCGACCGUUAUCCGUCGCACGAGCUUGGUUUCAUAACCUCCUCGGCACACGACUCCUCCAUCCAGACGAAGACCUUCAGCGCGUUCAACCAAUGUGUUCGCAACCUUGCACGUGCCAUGCUAGAGUGGGGAAAGCCCACAGGCUCAGUCGUCGUCGUGUACCUGACGGAGCACGAAGACAAUAUGGCUGCUGUAUGGGCGUGUCUGCUGGCAGGCUAUGUUCCCUGCUUGCAACCCGCGCUUAGCGCGCAACAGGCCCAUAAGGAGGGCCAUGUCGCCCACAUCAAGAACUUGUUCGGGUCUGCUACUUGGUUGACCAACGAGAUUGGGGCUGAGCAGAUCAACACCAUUUCUGGUCUGGAGGUUCACUUGCUCUCAGAAUUAAAGGCGUCGGCGGAGACAUUUACCGUCUCAGCUGACUGGGUCGCGUAUGAGGCUAAGCCAGACGACGAGGCGAUCCUGUUCCUGACCUCAGGGUCUACUGGAUUCUCGAAGGCGGUCGUGCACACGCACCGCACGAUUCUGGCGGCAUGCCGUGCCAAGGGGCAAAGCUACGGCCUGACUUCCGAAUCUCGAGUCUUGAACUGGGUCGGAUUUGAUCACGUCGCAGGAUCGUUGGAGAUGCACAUCACACCUCUGCUAUAUGGCGCUUCGCAACUCCACGUGCAUGCAUCCGCUAUCCUUGCUGAUCCUCUUCGGCUGCUCCGUCUGAUUGACGAAAAGUCGAUUGAACUGGCUUUCGCCCCGAACUUCUUGCUCUCCAAGCUCACGCGUGAUCUGGAGAAGCGCACCGACCUCUUCGGACACUUUGACUUGUCCUCCAUCAAGCGGAUCAACAGCGGUGGUGAGGCUGUCGUUUCCAAGACCGCGAAAGCGUUCGCUGGGACCAUGAAGCAGCUCAGCAAGAACCCCUCCGCUGUGUCGUUCGUCAUUUCUGCUGGGUUUGGAAUGACAGAAACUUGCGCCGGAUGCAUUUACGAUCCUGUGGAUGUCCUCGCAACGGAGCCUGCUCACGAGUUCCUUGAUCUCGGGCGACCCAUCAAUGGUUGUGAGAUGCGCAUCGUUGACCCCGCAGAUGGCUCCACCCUGCGCACAGACGGGGAGAGCGGCGAGCUCCAGGUUCGCGGACCAAUGGUUUUUGUACGCUACUACAACAACGCGGAGGCUACUUCCUCCAGCUUCGUUGAGGGAGGCUGGUAUCGCACCGGCGAUGUUGGCAUCAUCGAGAAUGGGGUGAUGCGCCUUAGCGGUCGCAUCAAGGACACCGUCAUCGUCCAUGGCGUCUCAUAUGGUAUCCCUGAGCUCGAGACCCACCUCCAGACCGUGGAAGGUGUCACGCACUCGUUCCUCGCCGCAGCUCCGUACCGCGCUCCUGGGCAGGAGACAGAGGGGUUCAUCAUUUUCUACUCGCCGACCUUCGACCUCGAUGGAGCAGACGCUUCCACGAAGCUGUUUGCCAUGCACAGGGCCCUUCGGGAUAUCUGUGUGAAGAUGAUCACCCUGCCGCCUCAGGUCAUCGUCCCUAUCCCUGUGAACCAGAUGGAGAAGACCACACUGGGUAAACUGUCUCGUGCGCGUCUGAUCAGUCUGUUCAAGCAAGGCCAGCUUGGUCAGCACAUCGCGCGCUCCGAGGAGCUUCUCAGCAAGGCACGAGGCGCCACGUUCGUCGCCCCGUCCACCGAGACGGAGAAGGCGCUUGCGAAGAUAUAUGCUGGCAUCUUCAACCUCGCGGAAAGCGAGAUGUCGGCGAGCGAUAACUUCUUCGAACUCGGUGGUACUUCCAUUGAUGUCAUCAGGCUCAAGCGCGAGGGAGAGGCACAUUUCGAUCUGCCCGAAAUCCCCACCAUCCAAAUCCUCAAGCACCCUGUCAUCUCGAGCCUCGCAAACUAUGUCGACUCUCUGCUCUCCAAGGACAGUCAGACUGAGGAGUACGACCCCAUCGUUCCCCUCCAGCUGACCGGAAACAAGACGCCCAUCUUCUUCGUGCACCCUGGUGUCGGGGAGGUUCUGAUUUUCGUCAACCUCGCGAAAUACUUCCAGAAUGAGCGUCCGUUCUACGCUCUCCGCGCUCGUGGUUUCGAGCCCGGCCACCCCUUCUUCACUUCCAUGGAUGAGAUGGUGUCGUGCUAUGCUGCAGCAGUGAAGAGGACCCAGGCGACGGGACCAUACGCCAUCGCUGGCUACAGUUACGGUGGUGUGGUCGCAUUCGAAGUUGCCAAGCGGCUCGAGGCCAUGGGCGAGGAGGUCAAGUUCGUCGGUCUGAUCAACAUCCCUCCUCAUAUCGCCGACCGCAUGCACGAGAUCGACUGGACAGGCGGGAUGCUCAACUUGUCGUACUUCCUCGGUCUCGUUUCGAAGCAUGAUGCCAAUGAUCUCGCUCCUGCUCUGAGACCGAUGACGAGGAAGGAGCAGCUCGAGGUGGUGUGGAAGCUGUCUCCCCCUGACCGUCUGGUCGAGCUGCAGCUGACGCCUGAGAAGCUCGACCAUUGGGUGGACAUCGCGGGAUCCCUGAUCGAGUGCGGAAAAGACUACAACCCGUCAGGCUCAGUUUCCGCAGUCGACGUUUUCUACGCCAUUCCUCUCCGCGGUAGCAAGUCAGACUGGCUGAACAAUCAGCUCAAGCCAUGGUCUGGGUUCAGCCGCGGCGAGCCAUCAUAUACCGACGUGCCUGGGCAACACUACACGCUCAUGGACUUUGACCACGUCCCGCAGUUCCAGAAGAUCUUCCGUGGUCGUCUGGAGGCUCGUGGGCUGUAA